CAACCCAACCUCGCAGAAUCUGCCAUUUCCCUCUGGGACACCUAAUCAGUCUUCGCCGUGGAACAGGGCGCAUUUCGACAGGAAUACGUUCUGUCUUGUUAAUUGUCUUGCUUCUCUCGGGUUCGUUUCUUCUGCGUGUGUUCGACCCCUCUCACAACCAUGGCUUUCGCUGGCCAGACUCCUACGAUCAUUGUCUUGAAAGAAGGCACGGAUACAUCCCAAGGAAAGGGCCAGAUAAUAUCCAACAUCAACGCCUGUCUGGCAAUUCAGUCGACAGUUAAGGGAACCCUCGGCCCAUAUGGUGGAGAUCUAUUAAUGGUAGAUGCCAACGGGCGUCAGACCAUUACCAAUGAUGGAGCGACGGUAAUGAAGCUCCUUGACAUUGUCCAUCCAGCCGCACGCAUCUUGACAGACAUCGCGAGAUCGCAAGACGCCGAAGUUGGCGACGGUACUACCUCCGUCGUCGUUCUAGCCGGAGAGAUACUGAAGGAGGUCCGCGACGCCGUGGAGCAAGGCGUCAGCUCGCAGAUCAUCAUCAAAGGCCUGCGGAGGGCAAGUGCACUGGCUGUCAACCGCGUCAAGGAGAUUGCCGUUGAUUUGCGCAGCACACAUGGAAACAUUGAGACGAAGGUGGAGACAUUGCGACGGUUGGCGGGGACGGCAAUGAAUAGCAAGUUGAUAAAAAGGAAUUCGGAUUUUUUUACGAAAAUGGUCGUCGAUGCUGUCUUAUCUCUGGACCAAGACGAUUUGAAUGAAAAACUUAUUGGCGUGAAGAAGGUUACCGGCGGUGCUCUUCAGGAAUCCCUCUUCAUCAAUGGCGUUGCGUUCAAGAAGACAUUUUCAUAUGCCGGUUUCGAACAACAACCGAAGUUCUUCAAGAAUCCUAAGAUCGUGUGUUUGAACGUUGAACUAGAGCUAAAGAGUGAGAAGGACAAUGCAGAGGUGCGCGUGGAGCAGGUAUCGGAGUACCAGGCUAUCGUCGAUGCAGAAUGGCAAAUCAUCUUCAAUAAGAUGGAAGCCCUCUACAAGACUGGGGCGAAGGUCGUGUUGAGCAAGCUGCCCAUCGGUGAUCUAGCCACACAAUACUUCGCCGACCGCGACAUCUUCUGUGCAGGCCGUGUCGCUUCCGACGACAUGGAGCGCGUCUGCCAGGCCACCGGCGCCUCCACCCAAUCCACAUGUACGGACAUCCAAGACCGCCAUUUAGGAACCUGUGGCGCCUUCGAAGAGCGCCAAAUUGGCAGCGAGCGCUUCAACAUCUUCUCCGACUGCCCUGCCGCCAAAACCUGCACCCUCGUCCUCCGUGGCGGUGCUGAACAGUUUAUCGCGGAGGCUGAACGCAGUCUCCAUGACGCCAUCAUGAUUGUCAAGCGCGCGCUGAGAAACACGAGCAUUGUCGCCGGUGGUGGUGCUACGGAAAUGGAGCUCUCCGGCUAUCUGCACAGUUUCGCGGAUAGGAACGUGCCGCAUAAGCAGCAAGCGGUCGUCAAAGCGUUUGCGAAGGCGCUGGAGGUCAUCCCCCGCCAGCUCUGCGAUAAUGCUGGCUUCGAUGCGACGGAUAUUCUUAACCGAUUACGCGUGGAACACCGGAAGGGGAAUGUGUGGGUGGGAGUUGAUUUUGAUAAUGAGGGUGUUAGGGAUAAUAUGGAGGCGUUUGUGUGGGAGCCUAGUCUUGUCAAGGUCAAUGCUAUCCAGGCUGCUGUUGAGGCGGCAUGUUUGAUUUUGAGUGUGGAUGAAACUAUCAAAAAUGAAGAGUCCCAGGCGCCACAAGGGCCUCAGCGGGGUCUGCCACAAGAUGCUGCUCAAAGAGUUCUGCGCGGUAGAGGAAGGGGAAUGCCCAGGAGAUAGAUAAAUUGACUGGCUGUGUUUUUUUGUUGGUACAAUGUAUGCCAUGUCCAAUAAACUUAUUUUGAGCCACUCGACCAGUGGUCCAUCACUUCACUCCUGAGCAUCGAAAAAUAAAUGAAUAAAUAAAUAAAUAAAAGAUUUAUGAGCCCCACAU